AUGUUCUCUUCCAUGUCCCACAAACGUCGGCACGAUGAUGAUGAUGACGAGGUCAUGUCUAUGCACCACGACAAGAGACUGCGUCACUCUGCUGGAAUUGAUCAUGGUGUUUUUGGUUCGAACCCCAAUGUCGAAGGUCAAUCUAUACCUGGUGCCAUGGACGAUUCCUCAACUUCUAUCAUGGGCGAAACCGACUCCUCUGAUGAUAUGGACAUGAGAGACGACUUCCAAAUGGACCGCUCCCAAUCUCCCGACCAGCCAUCUUCCUGGAUAUUGAAUAACAACCCGCUCCGGAAUCCCCGGAUGGCGCUGAACGAGAGAGGCAUGCGAGUACCAACACCAAUUGCACCGCUUUCUACACGUCCAAAGCCCUCUCCGCUACAAGGUAAUACUACUACCAGUAACGCGUAUGCUCCUUCCACAUCCAUGCGUGCUCGUUUGGCCGGCCCAAGAGAACGCUUCCCAUCGCCAAUCUCCGAAGACGAACCUCAUACUCCCACCACGGCUGCUGGAAGUCAGUUCUCGCUGUUGACUGUUAGUGACAUGGACAUGGACACUGAAACGACUCCCCGAGCUCUUCCCCCACAAACGCCAGACGUACAUGUCCGGAAGCAGCGACAACGAAGUGGUGCCUUCACAUCUCCGCGAGACCAAGACACUUCCAAAAAGUUCUCCAUGGGAUAUCGCGAGGAUUGUGAAAAAUGCAGGAACCGCGUGCCUGGUCAUAUGAACCAUUUCUCAAGGUAG